CACAAACGGGAUUUUACCCAACCACCCCCCCUCCUCCAUUUCGACCGUAUCCCUCCGUCGCCCGCUUUGGUUCCCAGAGUUUACUGAGAACGGAAGUGAGAUUUCAGGCCCCGCCAGCCGUCCAAGGAAGCGGCGAGGGGCGGCCGCGACAUCGUAAAAUGGCAGCCUGAGGGGAAGCGACACUUCGUGCUCGCCCUCACACCGACCCAUCCCUGCCGCUUCCAGGCCAAAGGGAAGAAGCUGUGUCCCACUGCCCAAAAUGCAGUGUUCCCAUCACUGUGAGCACCUAUUACAGAGACUGAACAAACAGCGAGAGGUGGGCUUCCUGUGUGACUGCACCAUCAUUAUCGGCGAAUUCCAAUUCAAAGCUCACAGAAAUGUUCUGGCUUCCUUUAGCGAGUACUUUGGGGCUUUUUACAGGGAUACUUCAGAGAGUAAUGUAUAUUUGGAUCAGAAUCAAGUGAAGGCUGAUGGAUUUCAGAAACUUCUGGAGUUCAUAUAUACAGGAGAUUUAACUCUUGACAGUUGGAAUGUUAAAGAAAUACAUCAGGCUGCUGACUAUCUCAAAGUGGAGGAAGUAGUCACCAAAUGUAAAAUAAAAAUGGAGGACUUUAACUUUAUUGCUAACCCUGCCUCUCCAGAAAUCUCUAGUAUUACUGGAAACAUUGCUCUGAACCAGCAAACCUGCCUGUUAACCCUCCGUGACUACAAUAAUCAGGAGAAAUUGGAUGCCCCUUCUAUGGACCCCAUUCAGUCCCCUGUUUUAACAACCACCUUGGAAAAAAAACCCGCUCAUACUAAAAAACGAAAGAAGGCCUUCAACGCCCCUAAAAAUCUGCCAAGCAAACCUGUACAAUAUCCAGGUGAUGUCUCGGAGAAUUCUGCUGUGGAGAUGUUUUUAGAUGCAAAUAAAUUGGCAACAGAGAUAACAGAACAAGCUGCCCAGGGCGGGGAUAAUUCGGAACUGCAGCUUACACCUGUGGUGGAAAGCGAAACACUUGCUGCCCAGGAAAUUGUUGGUCAGACGAUAACUCUGAAACACAAGCGGAGCAAAGUGCAGCAGGGUUGUGCUUUGAAGGAGCAUCGCCUGUCUAACAUCACCAGUGACAAGAACUCUUACCAGCUGGAGAACUUGGGAGAGGAACUGGAUCAGAAGUAUUCCAAGUCCAAGCCAGUUUGUAACACCUGUGGGAAAGUGUUUUCUGAAGCCAGCAGUCUGAGACGGCACAUGAGAAUCCACAAAGGUGUUAAGCCCUAUGUGUGCCAGCUCUGCGGGAAGGCCUUUACACAGUGCAACCAGCUGAAAACACAUGUAAGAACUCACACAGGUGAGAAACCUUACAAAUGUGACCGUUGUGAUAAAAGCUUUGCUCAGAAAUGCCAGCUGGUUUUUCAUAGCCGUAUGCAUCAUGGUGAAGAGAAACCUUACAAGUGUGACGCCUGCAACCUGCAGUUUGCAACCUCUAGCAAUUUGAAAAUUCAUGCCAGGAAGCACAGUGGAGAGAAGCCAUAUGUCUGUGAUAGGUGUGGCCAGCGAUUUGCGCAGGCGAGCACUCUGACGUAUCACGUACGGCGACACACAGGGGAAAAGCCUUAUGUCUGUGACACCUGUGGGAAAGCUUUCGCUGUCUCAAGUUCACUCAUCACACACUCAAGAAAGCAUACAGGGGAGAAACCAUAUAUAUGUGGCAUUUGUGGGAAAAGUUUUAUUUCUUCAGGAGAGCUCAGCAAACACUUUCGGUCUCAUACAGGUGAAAGACCAUUCGUAUGUGAGUUGUGUGGAAACUCCUUCACAGAUAUAAAAAGCCUCAAGAAACAUAAAGCAAAGGUCCAUACAGGUUCUGAGAACCCUCAAGAGGCUGUCACGUUUGACCAUUCCAUCAAUGAUAAAGACUCCAUUCCAGGUGAGAAGAGCCCUUUACUGGAGCCUGGAGACAUAAAGCCUUCAGACAUAGCAUUACCUCUCCCAAUUGGAACAGAAGAUCACCAAGUGCUGUUGCCUGUUACAGACAGUCAGUCACCCUCGUCAGACAGCCUUCUAAGGUCCACUAUCACUGGGUAUUCAGAACCUCAAUUUAUUUUCCUCCAGCAGUUGUAUUGACAUCCUACCAGUUAUGAACCUUUGGAAUCAAGAGUGUCUUUGGUAAAGGGAAUAGAGUCAUUACCAGCUAUUACUAACCUGGACUUCACUUUGGUUCCAGGUUAGGAACAAUUAAAGCAAUUUUUCAUUCUUAUGUUUUGUUAAUCUAGAACAAAAAACUUUGUAUUUUCUCAUUUCAAAAAGUCAAGAUGGCAUUUUCUAAGAACAAUUUUUUUCUUCAACCCCUGCAUUAAACAUUAAACAUUGA